ACCUCCGCCCACUCCCAUGCCACCCCCCUAAAACCCUUAGUUUUUUCAAGUCUAGCCCUGCACAUACCCUUGACCCCACGACCUCGUGCUCCAAUCCACAUACCAACUCCUCCACGUCCUCGUUCUCUAUCGCCCUUGAACCCACCACCCCACGACAUCGUACCUGCGCAGUGCAGUGAUUUCGUGAUUUGAUCUCGUGGUUCUGCUGAUUUCGUGGUGCUCACUUCAUUUCUGUACCACCCCCUUCCCCAUCCGCGGGUGUUGAUCGCAAAGGCUGCGCUGCCUCUCGGGUAUUGACCGGUGGUCUCUCGGGUAUUGACCGGUGGUACCCAGUAGAAUCGAACAAGCACUUGAAAGGUAUCGAGAUGCCGGAGAAGCGUCGCAGGCAAUCCAAGAAGGGAGGCAACAAGAGGAGGAGGGGUACCGUCAACGGCAACGGUAACCAGAGGGGCGAUACGAGUGAGGGGGUGGUGGUGGUACCCCAGCAAACGACUCCGGUCGAGACGGAGCCGACGGCGCCGGCGGUAGGGACCCUGAGGGUGGGUGCGAGGAGCAACGAGGUGAGACGAACCCUAGAGGAGGUGGAGACGGCUGAGCAGAUCAUCAACGACCACCUGGACUAUCUUAUGGACCUAGCCUGGGGGGUGAUCGAUGCCUCAACGAGGGCAGAAGACCGGUGGGUAGAUGAGAUGCUCGCAUCCAUGGACAGCAAGGGGUUCCUCCAUUGGUACACCCAAGAAGGGAAUGACUAGGAGGGUGGGGGUACUACUACCUCGAAUGGAAAAAACUUCAACCGACAAAAAAACGGUUUUUGGCUUCUUUUGGACCCUGG